AAAAUAAAUAAAUUUUGUGUUUUUAUAUUUUUUCCAUUAAAAUUCUGUGUCUUCUUCAUCUUCUCUUUUCUCUUUCUUCUUUGAUAGAAAGCGGACUUGACCUGGAAAUGGAUUUGAAUGCUACUGUUCUCUCCACUCCCCGCUUCUAAGAUUUCCAUUUCCCUCUCAUUUUUCUCUUUCAAUUCCUUCUCCAAUUCCUUCUCCCAUUCUUCAAAUCUCUAGAUCUUGUUUCGGAUCCUUGGAUCUCUCUUCCCCCAUUAUCUCCUUUCUCUUUUCCUCCAGAUCUCUUCUAUCUCACCAACUCCAUUCCAACCCUACGCGCUUCUGUCUUUCAUGAGGUUCUGAUCGUUUUGCGCGGUUCUCGAGUUUACACCAAAUGAUGGAAUCGGAAAUCCUUGUACCUGCUGAUGGGCUCAAACUGACCCUUCAAAAUGGGUUUCAUGAGCAUGUUUCUGCCGCAGAGGAAAUUGUUCCUAAAGCGAUUGUGAGUGAGGACAUAGACAAAGACACAGGGUCUCCAAUGCAGCAAGAAAAUAUCGAAGAUGAUAUCAGUGGCAGUACAACUAAUGAAUCGACCACAAGGGAACUCACAGAGGGAUUGAAUUUUCCAGAAGAAAGCGAUAUAUCAAUCCUUCCUAAGGAAGGAGAGGAAAAGAGUGUCGAUCCUCCCAAGAAAGUGAAACCAGAGAAGGCCCAAAUCAAGAGCAAGAAUGAAAAGUCAUCAAGCCUUAAACACGUUUCUUCGACUGGGGUGAAGAAGAAUAAAGAUGGAAAAGAGGCAGAACAUCUUUUAAAUGGUUCAGGUACAGGUGUAUCGCAUUCACACCCAAAACAGCCUAGUAAGAGUAGAUCAUUCAAUGAGAGGCAAGCUCAAGUGCCAAAGCAAACUGAGAAGUCUGAUGGGGAAGGCUCCAAGGAGAAUACGAGCCUGAAACCUUUGAAGAAAGGUCAACCUAGUAAAUCAGAAGGAGAGUCGGAAUCUUCUAUAAGUCCCAGAGCAGGAGAUGAAAAACCAAAUAGGGUUGGGAGACUUCCUAACUAUGGUUUUAGUUUUAGAUGCAAUGAGCGUGCUGAGAAAAGAAAAGAGUUCUAUUCGAAACUUGAGGAAAAGAUACAAGCUAAGGAAGUAGAAAAGAACACUUUACAGGCAAAGUCCAAGGAAACUCAAGAGGCUGAGAUUAAAAUGCUUAGAAAGAGUUUGAACUUUAAAGCUACUCCCAUGCCGAGCUUUUAUCAGGAACCACCACCUCCCAAAGUAGAAUUGAAAAAGAUACCACCUACAAGAGCCAAGUCUCCCAAGCUUGGCCGAAAGAAGAGCUCAACCCCAGCAGACUCUUCAAGUAAUGAUGGCGGUGAUGUGCGAUCAGCUCGCUUAAGUCUCGACGAGAAUGUGGCUCUGAAUAACAAUUCUAAGGGGGUUUAUCCUGUCCGUUCAGACAAGCCAAAACGAAGGUCUCUUCCUAAUCUGCCUUCUGAGAAAAUUACAAUACCUGGGGUCAUAACAAACGCGGGUGGGAAAACUUCAGCAACCAAGGUGAAAAAUGUGGAGAAGGAGAAGGAGAAGGAAAAGCCUACUUCAGCAGCAUCAACCACUACAAAUGGAAAGAAAGAAGAAAAACGAACAUCAUCUGAGGCGGCGGCAGCAACAACAACAUCAACAAAGAAGUCUGCCAGUUUAAGAUCGACAAACGAAGAGAAAACUGCUCCAUCGAUCGCAUCAAACGAAGUCGUGAAUAUCAGCCGGGAAGAGGAGAAUGGAGUUGAACCUAGCAAAACAGAGAACCAGAACCAUACAGACGACGAACUGGAGAACGAAGAACAAGAUCAGCAACAGAACUCAGAGGAAGAAGGCACAGUCCAAUCAUCCAACAUCAUCAUCGUUUGAAGCACUGUCGUGCGAGAUUGGAUGAUGCCAUUUUGGGAAAAAGAAAAACAGAAGAAAAUGGUAUGAAAUGAUGAGAUAUGAUAUGAUGAUGAGACGUGAGUUAUUUUGACAUUUUAAGAAGUGAAGUGAAGUGAAGUGAAGUGGAGUGAUGAAGUGAAGAGAUGAUGAUAUAUUUUGUGAUUGUUAUGUAUUAUUAUUAUCAUUAAAAUUAAUAUUAUUAUGUGUUUUUGUGUUCAUAAAGCAUCAAA